AUGGGACCCAUCAUGUCCACUGGAGAAAUGAACACAGAGCACGUGGUUGUGUUUCCAGGAUAUCUGAUGACUGAUAAGAAAAUCAUUGCUUUACUUGCCAUUUUAGUCCUUUUAUGCUUGGUGGCAGUGACAGGCAAUGGCUUUAUCACUGUAGCACUGAGCGUGAAGUGGUUGCUACGGAGAACGUUGUCGCCUCACAAUAAGUUACUGAUCAGUCUAGCAGCAUCUCGCUUCUGUCUGCAAUGGGUGGUGAUAGGUAAGAAUAUUUAUGUUUUUGUGAAUCCAGGAAGCUUCCCAUACAGCCCUGUAAUUCAGAUCCUGAACUUUAUGUGGGACUUCCUGACAGCUGUCACCAUCUGGUUCUGCUCCUGGCUAGGUUUCUUCUACUGUGUGAAAAUUGCAACCUUAACUCAUCCUGCCUUCCUCUGGCUAAAAUACAAGGUACCUGGGUGGGUACCAUGGAUGCUGCUCAGUGCUGUGGGGAUGUCUGGCUUAACUAGCAUCCUGUGUUUCAUAGGCAAUCAGAUAAUAUAUCAGAAUCAUCUGAGAAGUGGUCGGCAACCUUGGAACAUCACUGGGAAUAGCCUAAGGCACUCACUUGAGACAUUCUACUUUUUCUCUAUUAAAGUGAUUAUGUGGACAAUCCCUACUGUGAUCUUUACCAUUUUUAUGAUUUUGCUCCUCAUAUCUUUGAUAAGACACAUGAAGAAGACUUUCUUGGUCCUCUCAGGACAUCAAGACAUCCGGGUACAGGCCCACAUCAAAGCUUUCCUUACUCUCCUCUCCUUCAUCAUCCUCUUCAUCUCCUGUUUUCUGACGCUAAUCCUCAGUUCUGCCAGCGGUACACAGUUUCAGGAACUCAAGUACUGGAUAUGGCAGGUGGUGAUUCAUCUGUGCACAGUCAUACACCCCCUUGUUUUGCUCUUCAGCAACCCCAGGCUGAGAGCCAUGUUGAAGAGGGGCUGCUGCUGA